AGAAAGCACGUAAACACGCUUGCAUUUUCCUCUGUCGAUAAAUUAAUUCUUGCAUCAUUAAACUGUUUCUGCACUCAUUUCAUACUAAAAUGGAACGCAAUGAAGGGAAUGACAGUAUGGAUGAGUUAUGUGAUGAUCCUUCCUACAAUGGUGGUAAAGAACAGCAUGAAAUUUCUGCUGCUGAAUAUGCAUUAUCCCAAUUUGAAAGUAAUGCAUCAACUUCUUUGCCGUCAAUUCAACCAGUUGUACCUGUUGCACCUCCCACAGAAUCUGGGAUAAUUCCGAAAGUUCACAAUGUUGUGUGCUCAGUUGAUCUGGGCUGUACAUUAGACUUGCUAAAGAUUGCUCUUCGUCUCAGAAAUGCUGAGUACAAUCCGAAACGUUUUCAUGCAGUCGUAAUGCGAAUAUUGGAACCUCGGACAGCUGCUUUAAUAUUUCGUACUGGGAGAAUAGUUGUGACUGGUGCUAGAAGUGAAGCAGCAGCACACUUGGCAGCCAGAAAGUAUGCUCGGUUGAUUCAGAAACUUGGCUUUGAUGUAAAAUUUAUAGAUUUUAAAAUUCAAAAUAUGGUAGCAAGUUGUGAUGUAAAAUUUCCUGUACAAAUAGAGCGUCUAUAUUCAAGUCACUAUCAAUUUUCCAAUUAUGAACCAGAAAUUUUUCCUGGUUUGAUAUACAGAAUGGUAAAGCCUAGAUUAGUUCUUUUGAUUUUUGUGUCUGGAAAAAUAGUAUUGACAGGUGGAAAAAGUAGAGCAGAUCUUAAGGAAUCCUUUGAAAACAUCUAUCCAAUUUUAAAAGGCUUCCGAAAACAGUGAUGAUCAAUUUGUUAAUAAUGUACAUAUGUUGUAUUUAUAUUGUUUUAUAUUGUUUAAAAAUAAACUCAAACAAACC